AUUUAUAAUUAAAAAAAAAAACGAGUGGAGAAUAUACCAGAUAAUUGCCCAAUCUAGUCAACUAUAAUAAAUGAUUAAGCGCGCAAGGAGGCGCGCUGGCAACACUAAACUUAAAUUUGACACUAGGGUUCCGUGUCACGCAAAGCAGGCCAGGAUUUGCUGUCUCUAGUCCAGCGGAUGAAGUACAUCUAAUUCCUCACUUUUGCAGCGAACGCCGACAAGUGCAGUUAAGAUUUUGUGUGAGUAUCAUAACUAAUUAGAACUAUUAGGAAAUGGCGGCCACCUACCGCCAGGAACGGGAAUGGCUCAAUGCCCGCGCUCCCAUGAAUGGCAAUGGUUCCGCCAACUAUGGCAUCUAUCGCGGCUAUGACGGCUUUUCCGGUCAAUUGGGCCAAUCACAGAACCCGAAUCAGACCCAAAUGGGUCACACUUUGAACGGCUCUGCCUCCUGGUCGUUCCCCUCCAUGUCCUCUGACUACCACCAAUCCCCUGCUGCCCCGCAGGCAAAAUCUAACUGGAUCCGCGAAAGAGUCAACUGGAACAACGAAAUGCGUCGCGACGCCUCGUAUCAAGCUGAGCCAGGCAACACCAUGAAUCGCUCGUGGCCCGGGAACGGCGGCCCUUCCAACGGGAGCCAUUGGCCCACUUCGAACUCAUCCAUGCAGGUGCCAGCGGGUGAAAGGGGCCUGCCGGACCAUAUUCGCAGGGAGCUAACGCUCCUUGGCGCCACCAAGCGCAGGAGUUUCUUUCGCUAUCUGGACACGGGCAUCAGCAUUGAAAGGGCCCUCAUUAAGGCCUCGGAAAAACGCACUAGUCCUGCACGUUCUGAGUGGUACGACAAGUCAGUUUCGGCUGACCGCGGACGAAGGCGUCCGGAGCAUACGAUUUCGGAGGAUCGCGUUCGCAAGCGUGCGAAUGAUGAUAGCGCGUCGGGCGGUAGAGCCUGUGAGGAACCUAAGAAGCAGAGGGUCCCAGAGCCGUUAUGGGCCUUCAAUCAGAAUAGUAUUACCAUGACAGUAAUGGCGGAAAAUUAUCCGGAUUGCGAGCUGACCAAUCAGCAAUUGCAAGAGAUCGAAGCCGGCCUUGUGGAGGAGUUGAAAAAGGGUUGGAAGUCCAGCAUCAACUUUUGGGGCAUCGAAUUCCUUACUGGAAUGAUCCAAGUUGUCUGCAUGGACAAGAACUCCCGCGAGUGGCUGGAGCAUGCGAUAUCCAAGCUCACGGCGUUACCGGGAACUAAACUAAUUUGUUGUCCGGAGGAUGAGGUUCCCGCCACCAAGGGAAUUACUGUGAACUUACCACGUUCAGAUGAUGAGCCCGAUAAGGUCACUUUUCAACUCUUAAAAGACCAGAAUAGCGACCUUCUGUCGAAGACUUGGGAAUUCGGCCGUAUUAGCCAGACCAAGGAUAGAAAGGUGAUAGUAAUCAGCUGUGGCAUUAAGUCUUACAACCUGCUGCAGAAGAAGGGCUUUUGCCUUAGCUACCGUUUUCACCAGUUCACUUGCCGCGAGAUAAGUGGCAAGGAGGCCCUCAAGGCGGUUCGCAGUAACCACCUGGAGGCAAACAAGUCCACCGCCGAGUUAUCUGAAAUUGACCUAACCGAAGAGGACGGCGAAGAGUUCAUUUCUCAUCUUGAUCUGACCGUUGUGGACGAAGUGAGGGGAGAUGACGAUGAUGAAAAUGAGAAUGAGAUGACUGAAGAUCAUGAUGAGGUAGAAGAGGUAGCUGAAAAGCAACACGAUGAUGUGGAGUUCAUUGUAGAGGAGCCAGGUGAAGAGAUCAAUGAUGAAGAGGUCACUGCUGAAGCGGAGGGCGAGGAAUGUGAAGAGCCUCAUCAGGAGGAAGAAAAUGGCAACCCUAGGGUGGUUGAGGUUGACACAUGCUCCUUGUAAGCAAGCCGAUGGGCAACGGGAUUCAUGAGAUGACUGAGGCUCAUCAAUACAAUAGGAACUAAAUAAAACACCCUAAACAUAUUUGACAUAAGGACAGCGGCAGCGGAACAAGGAACAUCCAGACUUUACACAGCGGACAGCAGUAGUAUCGUGCAGUUCAUAAAUCCUCGCGCUUCAUAUUAUAAAAUACACCAAAGAAAUAUGCAAUGUGCUUCUCAAUAAACACUCACUACCACA